CCGGGGAAGUGCGCAGGCGCGCCGGUCUGGCUAACGCAGGCGCAAGAAGGGCGCAGCUGGGAGUCCGGCCUGCGGGUGUCCGAGCUGUAGCGGCCGGAGAGGAGUGGCUGGAACUCGCUUGGUUGUGCCCUGGCCCUUUCCUGUCUCACAGGGACUUCAUGUAUAUACUGGUUGCCCCUUGAACAAGAAUAUCCACAUUUCAGUUUCUGCACCUUUCAAGAAUUUUAAUUCACCAUGGAUAAUCUGUCAGCAGAAGAAAUGCAGCUGAGGGCUAACCAGGUUACUGAUGAGUCUCUGGAAAGUACAAGGAGAAUCCUGGGUUUAGCCAUUGAGUCACAGGAUGCAGGAAUCAAGACUAUCACUAUUCUGGAUGAGCAAGGGGAACAACUAAAACGCAUAGAAGAAGGCAUGGACCAAAUAAACAAAGACAUGAGAGAAGCAGAGAAGACUUUAACAGAACUCAACAAGUGCUGUGGCCUUUGUGUAUGCCCGUGCAGUAGAUUCUCAGAUGUUGGUUGUUUCUAUGAAAUCAGGACAAAGAACUUUGAGUCUAGUAAAGCCUAUAAGACAACAUGGGGUGAUGGUGGAGCCAGCUCUGCUAGCAACAUAGUAUCUAAGCAGCCAGGCCGGGUGACAAAUGGUCAGCCUCAACAAGCGACUGUAGGAGCAGCCAGCGGGGGAUACAUUAAACGUAUAACAAAUGAUGCCAGGGAAGAUGAAAUGGAAGAGAACCUGACUCAAGUGGGUGAUAUCCUAGGAAACCUAAAAAACAUGGCUCUGGACAUGGGCAAUGAGAUUGAAGCUCAAAACCGACAAAUAGAACGGAUCACAGAAAAGGCUGACACCAACAAAGAUCGUAUUGACAAUGCCAAUGCCAGAGCAAAGAAACUCAUUGACAGCUAAAGCUACUGCUGUACUUCUUUAUCAUUUAUUUACUUCCCCAGCUCCUCCUUCAAAGGCAUCACCUUUCCAGAAUUUGAAAUUUUGGUUCCACACUCUUCUAAUCAGGAGAUGUGGAAGAAGAUCUAGGAGUAACAGUCCCCCAAUUUUUUAAAUUUUCUCGUUUUCCCUUGAGGGUAUUCUUAGUCUUCCUUCAAGCAUUUUCUUUCUCAGUCCAUACACUUAGGUUGAUUUUCAUACAUCAUUUAUAGUGUUAUUUUUUCAUCCUCUCCAUUUACUUUAGCAGGUUCUUCUGCUUUCAAAAUUUGGAAGUGUUGCCAAAGACAGCCAUGUGAAAGGAAGCGGGAGGCAGUGGGGGCAAGCACAGGGGGUGAGGCAAGAGAUAAGAGGUUGUUACCUCAGUAAAACCUACAGACCCUAAAGCCAAAAGUGGCGUAACCACAGUGAAUAUCUGGUAGGGUUUAAUUUUUAUUUUAAGUUGCAUUUAUUGCCAGUUUAGGCAGUGCUUGGUUUUGGAGCCUGGGUACACAAUGUUUUUGUUAUGCAUCACAACUUUGCAACCUCUGCUUCCAAAAAAAGAACAGAAUGAGCUUUUUUAAAGUAAGCUUAAUUUCUGAACUCUUGGUGAUUCACCUAUGUACAUAGAUUCUAUGAUCCAUUUCAUAUUGCACAUAUAGGAACACAUGGUAUAAAUGAGUAGCUUUAUUUUCAUAUUAUUAAUAGUAUCAUGGUCCCAUUACAGGCCUAUUAACCUCAUAAGUUUGUCAUUAGUCUUUGAGGAAAAAAUAUGUAAAUAUGAAUGUAUAACAUGAGAAUUUCUCUCCACAGCAGGGCUUAAAAUUUUUUGGAAAAGUUUGACAAAGUAUCACGUGAAUUCAGAUUUACCUCAACGCCAAGAAUUAUGUUUAGAUAGGAAAAAAAACUUAUUUUGAUCUCAGGUAGAAAAUAGUUAGAUUGCUUUGAGUUUUAUGUAGCUUUAAACUUUUUUAAAAUUAGAAUUUAUUCUGUUUAACUAAAAAUGAUUUAGAAGAUUAUGCCUUUGGUUUACUUAUUGAUGAUUGCACUAUCAUUCUCUUUUGUGCUCCACUUCCAGAAUCACAUUUGUUUAUAAGUGUUAGAAUCUUACCGGUAUUUGUCACCUUUAUUUAAAAACCAGCUUCUGCACACUUCAAGGCUAUUAAUGUCGAUUGGUUUGACAAAUAACUACUGUUUGAUCCUUACAAUUAAAUUUUGUAACUAAUGGAAUUGUUUUUUCAAAUAGGUAAUAUGCUUCUGUGACUGCUUUGGGGGGAUGGGAAGCAGUAAUUUUGUCAGCUCUAAUUUGACAAACUGGAUAAAGCAAAGGUCCAUAAAUCAAAUGGCACUGCAAUAAAGAGCUGACUUUAGCACCCUUCCCAGCUUACUGGAAAUAUAGGACUUUUGCAUCUGUGAUUUGUCAUGAAGUUCAUUUUAAUCAUUA